AUGGCUCCAAGAGGAAACAAAAGAAGAUCUUCCGCUAAGAGCAAAGCAGCACUCAGCGACGAGGAAGUCUCGGAUUACGAGAGCGCGCCACCCGUCAAGUCGUCACGAAACUCCGCGUCAAGCGAGGCAGACGAAGCGGCCGGAAGGCCCAAACGAAACGGAAGAGUCUCAAAAAAGUUGGAAAGGGAGGCGGACGAGGACGAUGAUAUCGAAAUCGAGGAUGCCGAUGUGAACGGGGAUGAAGAGGGGGAUGACCUCGAGGAAGAUGUGUUCAUUGUCGAAGCGAUCAAGAAGCACAUGAUUGAUGAAGAUGGAACAUUGAAAUUCCAUGUCAAGUGGGAGGGCUACGAGAAGAAGUCAGAUAUGACUUGGGAGCCUGAAGAGAAUCUACUGGAGUCUGCGGGCGAGAUUCUCAGUGCCUAUUUCGAAUCCAUCGGUGGGCGGGAGAAGAUUUUCGAGGAGACGCAAGAGGCAGCCAGAGGCAAGAAGCGCAAUCGGACGAACAGCACAACGCCGGCCGCCACGACGAAGCGUUCCAAGAAAAACGGAACACAUCCCGGCGACUCAGCGCCGCCGGCUACGGCGGAGAAAUGGAGCCCUCCGGCCGGGUCGUGGGAGGACGAAAUCGACACGAUCGACGCUUGCGAGGAUGAAGGUAGUGGCCGGCUCGUUGUUUACCUUGUGUGGAAGAAUGGCCGUAAGACGAAGCAUGACACGAAGGUCAUUUACAAGAAGUGCCCCCAAAAGAUGCUACUAUUUUACGAGCGACAUGUACGAAUCAUCCGGGAGGAGAACAAGGCGCUGACCGAGUAA